AUGGCAGGACAACGGACUCACGCUGAUUUACUACGGGAGGCCAUGCUAGAAAAUGAUGACGAUAUAGGCUCUGCAACACCUCCCGAUGGGAUCUCUGCCACGCCACAACCAGAGUUUACCGACAAGCGUUUCCCAAGCAUAAUACCGAGCUAUUUUCAGGUUCGUGGUUCCGAUUCUACUAAAGAACACGAUUUUCUUGUAUAUCCUCAGCUUGAUGUGGAGGCGAAGGCUUCCCCUGAUAAUACCUCGUUAUCUGGCUCUGUUGUAAUACUUGAGCGAAAUCAGUCUUCUGCUCCAGUUCCAUCUCAACCUGAAAAACAAUCAGAUCAGCGAGGAAGAGUAGGGAUGGCACCUUCGGACAUCAACUGCUUACCCACUCCACCCUUAUCUUCUUCCUGCUCGAUUUUGCAAAAGGAGGCGGAAGAAGCAGAGAAUGGAGCACCUCUGAUCGAGAGCGGAAUGAGUUCUAUCUGCCGCGCAAUAAAAAACCUGCUUUCGCAGAAUUCCUUGAAGAUUGGGCGGCAUACAUCAGAACCCGUUUCUAGUAACCUCUCAAAGGAUCCUGCCCUUGCAUCUCAUUAUUCUAAUUCGUCUUCCCCCACUUGCCCCACCCUGUCACCUUCUGCUCACUCAUGCACGCUUUCCAAUUCUUCUGAGGAACUGGCAAAGCUGACUGCCAAUAAACCGCCAAAGAAUACACCGCCGUUGACCCCGAGGGCGAUGUCAACAAAUGAACCUCCCCAACUAGAUAGAUCCGCUCGUUCCCCUCCUCAUGAUCAUCCUGAAGCGACAAAGUCGGGCGAGCGAACCCCCCAGCCUUCGUCUUCUCGUUCUACUGGCAAUACAGUGACUCAAGGGAUUCCGGUAGGGUCUCUAAAAGGAAAACUAUCCAUCAAAAUAUCGGAGGGACGAGGCCUACGACCAAGUUACGACCCUUACGUUGUGUGCGUCUUCGAAUUGAAUGAGUACAUUUCCAAAGGCGCCCAAACGGGGGAGGGGGAUGAUGUCGAGACUACGAAGGAAGCAGAGGAUACUCUAUCCUCAGUACCAAUCCAACGAUCGAACAGUGACUCUGGGCGCCCAAUGGCAAUCCCAAUGAAAAGUCGACAAAGUAGUAAUAACAGUCUGUUGGACAAUCAUGAUCAUAAAGAGUCAGGCGUAGUGAUGGAUCCUCAGUGGAAUCAUGAAGCUGUUUUUGAUGUCCUUGGAGACGAAUCGGAAAUUGAGGUUUCGGUUUAUGACAGGUCGAAUCAUGAAGCGUUUUUAGGUCAUGUAAAAUUGAGUGCCAGCUUCAAGGAGGAUAACCAGUCUAUUGAAGGUUGGUAUCCGCUAGUGGCUCGCGGUCGGCUCGACGGGCAUGUGUCUGGAGAAAUACACUUAGAAAUGAGCUUUCAGAAAACAGAUAAGAAGCAAUUUGGGCCAAAUGAUUUCCAAAUCCUAAAACUCAUAGGGAAAGGGACGUUUGGACAAGUAUAUCAAGUGAGGAAGAAGGACACGCAACGAAUCUACGCAAUGAAAGUCCUCUCCAAAAAGGUGAUCAUCCAGAAGAAGGAGGUUGCCCAUACGCUUGGGGAAAGGAAUAUCCUGGUUCGAACUGCAAUGACGAAUUCUCCAUUUAUAGUGGGCCUCAAAUUUUCUUUCCAGACGCCAACUGAUUUGUACCUUGUCACGGACUACAUGUCGGGAGGGGAGCUAUUCUGGCAUCUACAAAAGGAAGGCAGAUUUCAAGAAGCCAGGGCGAAGUUUUACAUUGCUGAGCUGAUAUUGGCGUUACAACAUCUACACGAACAUGACAUCGUUUAUCGGGAUCUUAAGCCAGAAAACAUUUUACUUGAUGCAAAUGGCCACAUUGCGCUUUGUGAUUUUGGACUAUCAAAAGCAAACUUGACGAAAAAUCAAACGACUAAUACGUUUUGUGGUACAACAGAGUAUCUUGCCCCUGAAGUCCUCCUAGAUGAGCAGGGUUAUACGAAAAUGGUGGAUUUCUGGUCGUUAGGCGUGCUCGUCUUCGAGAUGUGCUGUGGGUGGAGCCCCUUCUAUGCAGAGGAUACGCAGCAGAUGUACAAAAACAUCGCCUUCGGGAAAGUGAGGUUUCCUCGUGAUGCCCUUAGCACUGAGGGACGCAAUUUCGUGAAAGGUCUGCUUAAUCGAAACCCAAAGCACCGGCUGGGAGCUACGGACGACGCGAAAGAACUCAUGGCCCAUCCCUUCUUCCAUGAUGUUGAUUGGGUCGCCUUGGCUCGGAAAAAUGUGGUCCCUCCCUUCAAACCGAAAUUGAAGUCAGUGAUGGAUACCUCAUACUUCGAUCCAGAGUUCACAACUGCAUUGGACCAAGCGACUUCCCUCAAUGCGCGCGCUGCUGCGCUCGCGGCGGGCGCCAUGCCAGCGUCAACACCUUUAUCUCCGGGCAUGCAAGCCAAUUUCAGAGGUUUUACUUUUGUCAAUGAAAGCUCCAUGGACCAGCACAUGAGGGAUGUUCACAUGGAAAGCACGAAAUCAGAUGAUGCCUGGGUGAAACCGGCACAGCCCGCCGUGAGUGGAAGAGAUCAUCGAAUGAGCGGGAUCGUAAAGACGAGUGAGCCCACAGAAGGUGGUAUUUUUGGGGAUGAUGACUAUCACUUCGAUAUGUGACCGCUGAACGAAAAACAGAGUUGAGAAUAUAUUAAUGAAGAUAUUCAUUGCCAUGCACAUACUUCUUCUGUCUCUGUAUAUGAUCAGGACGGCUUUCAUCCUCUUUUCCUUUGCUUCUUCUUUUAUCGUGUUAACGAAUUGCAUGCGGGAGGCUUUUUAACCCUCGGGAGGUGUUUCUUUUGCUUCUGCAAAUGAUUAUUUAUCCCUGUUUAUUGUAUGAGCCAUGAACAAACAAUAAAAACACACAGAAAAAGUUUUUCACAUUGAUUUCUGAUUCGACAGCGCCGCACCACUGCCUGUGUGUUAAAACACUUCCGAUCAAGACGGGCUUCCAGCGAAUUUUUGUUGCUUUGCGUUUUACCUUCAUAAUUUUUUAUCUAACUUCUCUUCUGCACCUCCU